UCUUUUCCUUCGCUGUCGCUGAAAAUCUUGAAUCCUCUCGGGUUCUUUUUAAUUUUGGAGGUUUUCUCUCUCUAUCGAUAGAAGAAACAGAAGGUCCUAAUGAUUAUAAAAGGAUUGUUUCGAAGAUAUGAAAGAUGGAACCCUGUUCAUCCAACUUAUGGAGCCUUUUGGGGAAUGGGUGUGGGCAUUGGUUGUGGUGUUGGAUGGGGUCCUGGAUUUGGCCCUGAAGUGAUUGGCUAUGUUGGAGCUGGCUGUGGCAUUGGAUUCAAUGUAGGCAUCACUCUGGCUGGCUUUGGAGUUGGCCUUCCAGCAAACAUUAUCUUUGAAGCUCCUUAUAAUGCUAUUAUGGCAACAAGAAGCUCUGUAUUGGAGUUAGCACGAUCCAAUGGUCUUCUUUCUGGUAAACAUGUAUCAGGGGUUAGCUGGAUUAGAGAUUUACCUUGUGUCUCUGACUUGCAAAGAGAAGCCAGUGGAAAAAUCUUAUGCUUUAGGAAAAAGCAUUUAUCAGUCGAUGGAAUUGAUUUCUUUGAUAUGAGGAACAGCUUGCCUUUGCUUACUACAUCUGCCUGUAAAAGUAUACAAGCAUUCCAUAGCCAGUUGUUCUGCUCUCGUAGAGGAAAAGAUUGAUGACUUCCAACUAUCAGCUGUAUUUUGUUAGGAGCAAAUAGUCAAAUUAAUUCUUGAAAGGUUUUGGUCAUUAGUUCCCUAACGAUAGAAAUUGUGGUGUAUUUUGUUGAUUGUCCUCACAUUUGGGGAACCUUAGGGACUAUUUUGACCAACGAAAUACACCAAUGAAAUGCAUGUUAAGCAUCUUUGUUGUAAUUACCAUCAUAUAUGGUGUUUCUUAGGAAAACCUCAUCAAAUUUUGUAACCAACAUAUUAAGAGUAUAUUUGUUGU